UUAUGGUCUGGGAUGAUUUGAAGAAGAAACCUGUUAUUGAAUUAGACUUUUCCACAGAAGUAAAAGCAGUCAGGUUAAGAAGAGAUAGAAUCGUAGUUGUCUUAGAGUCAAUUAUCAAAGUCUACACAUUUACCCAGAAUCCUCAGCAGCUUCACGUCUUUGAGACUUGCAGUAAUCCAAAAGGUCUUUGUGUUCUGUGUCCAAGUAGUAAUAACUCUCUGUUAGCUUUUCCUGGUCGUAAAACCGGUCAUGUACAGGUGGUCGAUCUGGCCAAUACUGAUAAACCGCCCACAGAUAUGGCCGCCCAUGAAGGUCCGCUCUCCUGCAUAGCACUUAACCUGCAAGGCAGCAGGCUGGCCACAGCAUCAGUGAAGGGAACACUUAUUCGUAUGUUUGACUCUAGCAAUGGGACAUUGCUGCAAGAAUUCAGGAGGGGCUCAGGUAGUGCAAAUAUUUUCUGGUAAGUUUAAUUAAUAAAAAUUAUCCA